UAGAAAAAACCACAAUUGGACUUUCACUCUUUCCUGUAAAACUGGGUCCCUUAUGUCUCAUGAAAGGAUCUCCACAAGGGAGAAGCCAUGUAAAUGUUUGGAAUCUGCAAAGAUUUUCCGAACAAGUUGUCAAGUUACUUCACGUGAAAGGAUCCAGACAGGAGAGAAACCACAUAAAUGCAUGGAGUGUGGAAAGGUCUUUAUUCAGCAGUCUAAUCUGAAUUCCCAUAAAAGGAUCCACACAGGAGACAAACCAUAUAAAUGCACGGAGUGUGGAAAGAGCUUUACUCAAAAUGGUCAUCUUACUUCCCAUAAAAGGACCCACACAGGGGAGAAGCCAUAUAAAUGCAUGGAGUGUGGAAAGACUUUUACUCAAAACAGCUCACUUAUUUCUCAUAAAAGGACCCACACAGGGGAAAAACCAUAUAAAUGCAUGGAGUGUGGAAAGACUUUUACUCAAAACAGCUCACUUAUUUCUCAUAAAAGGACCCACACAGGGGAAAAACCAUAUAAAUGCAUGGAGUGUGGAAAGACUUUUACUCAAAACAGCUCACUUAUUUCUCAUAAAAGGACCCACACAGGGGAAAAACCAUAUAAAUGCAUGGAGUGUGGAAAGACUUUUACUCAAAACAGCUCACUUAUUUCUCAUAAAAGGACCCACACAGGGGAAAAACCAUAUAAAUGCAUGGAGUGUGGAAAGACUUUUAGUCAAAACGAUAAUCUUAUUUCUCAUAAAAGGACCCACACAGGGGAGAAGCCCUAUAAAUGCAUGGAGUGUGGAAAGAGCUUUACUACUAACAGUCAUCUUACUUCCCAUAACGGGAUUCACACAGGGGAGAAAACAUAUGUGUGGAGCAUGGAAGGAGCUCAGGAGGAGGAAUGACCUAAUUUCACAUACGCAGAUCUGUUUCGUUGAGAAUCCAUGUACAUUCUAGAUUCAAUUGGUUAAAUCUAUACAUUUUCUAUUUGUGUACACUGACCUGGGAAAAGAAGAUUUCUUUUGAGUCUGAUCCUCACAACCCGCAACCCAAGGGAAAUUAAUUUACUAUUGAAAAUA